GCUUCUCAACCUCCAGAGCACCAAAUACGGACGGAGUUAAUGUUUUUAAUGACUCACUUGAGCUCAAUUAUUUCAAAAUGAAAUGUGGAAGGUCAGCUCUCAGCUCCAAAUUCCCCUCCUUUCCUUCCCGUGAGACACCGGCUAAAAGACAGAAGCGGCUCCGGUCCAGUUUCAGGCUGUAUCCACCACAGGACUGGGGCAACCUGCCCUACCACAUCAUUCUGCAGAUCUUCCAGCAUCUAUCCCUGGUGGACCUGGCCCGAGCCUCAUCUGUGUGCCACUGCUGGAACGACGUGUUUCACACGCCCGACCUGUGGCGGAGGUUCGAGUUCGAACUCAAUCAGCCUGCCACUUCAUACUUGCGUUCCACUCACCCUGACAUGAUUCAGCAGAUCAUCAAGAAGCACGCCCAGCACCUGCAGUAUAUUAGCUUCAAGAUUGACAGCUCCACAGAAUCUGCAGAGGCGGGCUGCGACAUUCUCUCUCAGCUGGUGAACUGCUCCAUCAAAACCUCAGGGCUGAUUUCUACAGCGCGGCCCACCUUCAUGGAUGUCUCUCAGGCCCACUUUGUCUCUGCUCUGACAGUCGUCUUUGUGAACUCCAAGUCCCUGUCAUCCAUCAAGAUUGAUGACACCCCGGUGGAUGAUCCAUCGCUGAAGGUGCUGGUGGCCAACAACAGUGAUACCCUGAAGCUACUGAAGAUGAGCAGCUGUCCUCAUGUAUCCAAUGCCACUCUCAUUCUUUCUUCAGGUAUUUUGUGUGUGGCAGACCAGUGCCAUGGUCUCAGGGAACUGGUGUUAAACUUCCAUCUUCUCAGUGAUGAACUGCUGCUUGGUUUGUCCUCUGAAAAACACGUCCACUUAGAGAAUCUCCACAUCAAUGUGAUAAGUGAAAACCCUGGCCAUACUCACUUUCACACCAUCAAGAGAAGCAGCUGGGAGGCUCUGGUCUAAGACUCCCCCUCGGUCAACAUCGUCAUGUACUUUUUCCUCUACGAAGAGGAGUUUGAGCCCUUUUUCUGCGAGGAAUGCCUGGUCUCCCACCUCUACUGUGGCCGGGCGGUGAGUAAAGAGAUGUUGGGCCACAUCGGGCUGAACUGCCCUUGUCUGGUGGGCUUGAUGGUGUGCGCCAAUGGUCCUGAGCCGCUGGAUGAGGAGCUGAUCCGCAUUGCAGAGCGCUGUGAAAGCCUGACAGCCAUCGCUGGUGAGUGCGAGGUGACCUGCAGUGGCUUUGUGGAGUUUGUGAAGAUGUGCGGGGGUAGGCUGACACAGCUGUCGAUCAUGGAGGAGAUGUUGAUCCCAGAUGACAGCUACAACAUGGAGCAGAUCCACGGAGAGGUGUCGAAGCACCUGGGCCGCCUGUGGCUCCCUGAUAUGAUGCCCACCUGGUAAAGCGAUGGUAAUGGACUACAGUCAGUGACUGUAUGACCUAUCUGGACACUGAAUAAUGAACAAAAGUGGGCAAAUUAUUAAAAAAAAUAAUUUUUUUAUUUGUUUCAUUCCUGAUUGCAUUUCUGAAAUUCCCAGAGUGACAAAAGGCUGUUGCGUUUCUUUUUCUCUCUAUUGUGUAUGAAAAUCCCUAUUUCAGCGAGCAUCAAAAUGUUUCUGGAAAAUAUACAGAAGAAUAAAGAGUCAUAUUUCUGUGAAUGUAUCAUACGUUUGAUUUAAUAGC